AUGUCCGACACUUCAUUUGGACCACCACCAUCCGGCCUUGAUCUCACAGCCAGUCAUCAUUCGAAGAAUAAUGCGGCUGUGAUUUCAACCUAUAUUCUUGCUGCAGGCGCGAUUGCCCUACGAUGGACUACACGAUACCGAAUGCAGGACGCGGCGAUCGCGGCGGAUGACUGGAUGAUUCUGGCCGCAUGGAUAUCAGUGACAGCCAGCUUUGUCUGUACAAUUAUCGGAGGAAACUACGGCCUCGGAAAACAUGUUUGGAGUGUUGCAAUGACCGACAUUAUGAAGCUGAUGCGAAUUCUUUUCGCAUAUGUUCUGAUCUACGUGGUCACUGUCCCACUCAUCAAGCUAUCAAUACUACUCCUCUACCGGCGAAUAUUUGGGAUGAGCAAGGCGAUUUGGUUCUGCGCAGUGCUUACGAUUGGAUACUGGCUGUCCUGCACGAUCGCAUUUCUAGUCUGCUGUCGACCAGUCUCUUAUUACUGGAGGCAAUACGCCGAUCCCAGCAGCGGCAGAUGUGUCUUCAAUCUCUACCCAUUCUAUAUCGGCAAUGCAGUCGCCAAUUUAAUCACGGAUAAGGUGUUGGUGUGCGGCAUAUUUAUGCUUGGGGGAUUUGUCUGUAUUGCAAGUGUUAUCCGAUUGUAUUACUUGACAUUUCUGAAGACAUCAGUUGACAUCACCUGGGUCAUCGGCGACGUGUUCAUCUGGUCCAGCGUGGAGCCGUGUGUGGGGAUCCUGUGCGCCUGCCUACCCACCUUACAGCCCCUGUUGCGUUACGCGGUUAAGCGGUUUGCCAGCUCUCGGGUGGGCAGAUAUAUUCUGCAGAGUUCCGGAGGAAAGGAUUCUACUACGAUAGCGGAAGGCCGUCGGACUGUUGAGAUGAAUAAUCUGAGUAGAGAAAACGACGCUGACGAGCAAUGGAUAGCAGUCGAGACUAAAUUCGAAUUGGGCGAGGAGCUCAGGAGAUGA